AUGGAUCUUCUCAAAAAGGCUGGCGAAACCCUCAACAAGGGCAAUUCCUCCAACAACAAUGAGCAGCAGACCCAGAACCAGGGCGGCGACAACAACCAGCAGCAGGGUGACAGCAGCAACAACGCUGACAAGCAAGACUACCUUGACAAAGGCAUCGGCUUCGUCUCCAAGAAGGCUGGCUACAACAUUGACCGCAACACCGAGGAGAAGAUUGGCGACGGCGCGCGCGGCGCUUAUGAGAAGUUCUCUGGCUCCAAGGUCCCCGAGAAGUUCUCCAACUAA